AUGACCUGUGACGUUGCUCGGGGGAGAAGCACAGAGGACGAGCUGAACGAUGCUUUGUCCAGCCUGGCUUGGGGGUCCAUUGACGAGGAGGGGGGCGAAUGGACGCUGGAGUCUCCAGAUCCGUCCCUGGAACCUCCACACUCUUCGCUGAUCACGUACGCCGAGUAUGUUGCGCGCGCGUACCCGUCCGAUCCGACUAUGGAGGACAAGGCGCGGGAGGAGAACAUCAAGCUGGCCACCGAGAAGCGGUGCUGCUUCACCUGCCCUGGGGAGCCUGGCACAAAGUUCCGGCCCAUGUAUGAUCAGAUGAUCAAGAAUCUUCAGCACUCCAACAAGGCCCUCGUCAAAGCUUUCGGACUCAAGAAGGUGUCAUUGAAAGAGGAGGAGGUACCGGAGGAUCCCGCAAAGACCGAGGCGCAAAACAUCAUGCGCUUUGGGCGACAUCAGAUUCUUCCAUCCUUUUGGUACUUACUGAUUCAGCUGACAAAGCGCGGCAGACGUUUUUCAGUCGUCUUCCGCUCCUUCAGCGAAGAGCAGCUUCUCCAGGCCCAGAAGGAGCUGCAGUUGUUUGCUCAAUGCCAGCACCCCGCCUACAACGGGCAGAACAAGACCCAGAAGCCCCCAUUGAUGGAUGGCAACAAGGGCUCCCGAGACAUGCGGCUGUCUCAAUCAGCCAUCGGACGCAUGGAUAGGAUGGGCGGCUCUCUGCGCUUUAGGGAUCGACCCGUGGAGCCACCGGCAGAGGUUCCGGAGGCUGCGGAGCCGCAGGCCGACUUGCCGGAGUCGGCCUUCAGGCCUACGGAGUACACCUUUCCUCCGUACCAUGAAGCUUAUGCCGGACUGAUGCACCAGAUCUUCGACACGGCAAACACAGCCGCCAUUGUAGAUGACCUCGCGUUCUGGGAGACCCACGAACGGGUAAGCACGGCAGGGAAGAUGCUUCUGAUCGAUCGUGCCGAGACCAAGGUCCAGCACAUCUUUUUCGAUGGCAACGUCGAGAAGGAGGAUGCCUACUGCGUCGACGUGCGAAAUGCGGUGAAUGGGGAGCCGAUCCCUUUUGAGAGAUCGGCAAACGUCUACUUGCAUCGUGUUGACUUCUUCCAGGCGGUGACGGACAUCGAGUACUUCCUCAAGGCGACGGAGGCAUGUGAACUCAACAUGUCCAAGAUGAUCGUGGAGGAUAGACAUGCAGAAGGAGUGGAAAGAGCGCUUUCCGAAGAGGAGCAGAAGAAAGCUGCAGCAGCUGCGGCGGCCAUGACUCCCAAGGUGCACUUUUUUUGUUGGGCAGGGCUCUGA